AUAAGUCGCUGAUAAUUCAACCAGAAAUCGUUCACCAAGCUGUGUGAGAACCUUUCCCAAUAUGAUGCAAAUCAAGUACUUGUUCGCCCUCUUCGCGGUCCUGAUGCUGGUGGUCCUGGGAGCAAACGAGGCCGAUGCCGACUGUCUGUCCGGCAGAUACAAGGGGCCCUGUGCCGUCUGGGACAACGACACCUGCCGUCGUGUGUGCAAGGAGGAGGGACGAUCCAGUGGCCACUGCAGCCCCAGUCUGAAGUGCUGGUGCGAAGGAUGCUAAAGCAUCAAUCCGUGGAAACGUCCUAAAAAGGACGUACAUGUACAUAUAUUAUAUGCUGCAAUAUUGAACAUUUAAUAAACAAAAAAUAAUGUACAUUAAUUCUGCGGUUUUGAAAA